GAGACAUAAAAGAUAAAAAAAUACCAAACCCCAUCAGAGGAGGCAACUGCGACGACAUAGCACACGGUUCUAUUAUUCGAGUUUCUACGGUAUUACUAUCGUGUGAUGGAGGUCAGUGAUAGGAUAGAUAAUCCACCAGUAUGAUAGCCCACGAUACCCUUGACGCUAUCACAUAGUCCCCGUACAGAUGUUUCCUUCACUACAAAGCCUGACAGAGGAUAUAACACUACCUCCCAACUCUCCGUUCGUACCAUGAUAGUACAGUACAUUACAGGUAAAGUAAAGAGCUAAAAAAGCACCAAGCUCUCUCCCUCCACCCCGUGAGAAAUGUAUUUUUGGCCCCCUUACUAACCUACCGGUAGCUAUAUAAAGGCAGGUUUGAGGCCGCAUUCAACCUACAACGGCGAAACAGCUUUCAAAUCCGCAAAGUUAGAAGGGGGGAUGGUUUGAUAAUUAGAAUUAUUCCCAGUUUAGUAACUUGAUAUGCGGGCGGGGGCUUAGACACUUUUGUUAUGGUCGAUGAUCCACACAACACCUCCCCCAAGCUCUCCUCUCAAACCACCACCCUUUUCCAAAAAAAAAAUCUACCCUUUUCACACUACUAUACGUACCGUACCAUACCGCGACCGUGACCGUGCCGUAUUAUUCCCCCCCGUACACACGUACCGUGUCUUGCUAAAAGGAAGGGAAGGAAGGAAAGAGCUAUCCGUUCUCCGCCCCCUCCCCCCCCCGCAAAGAAAAAAAAACAUCUACAAAGCAUCUUUCCUACUCUCAGUGAUAUUAUCUUUGGCAACGUAAGACAAAAUGUCCUUUAGACACAUAUUCAAAAAGGACGGUGGUGGAGCUAGUGGUAGUAGCAAGAAGGAAGGCGGGUCAACAACACCACCGCCACCACCACAGCAACAGCAUCCCGAGUUCACCUUCAUUCGCAGCGAUACCGUAAUGAACCCCCUUUCCCCUCCUUCUUCUUCUCUCUAUGCCUUAAUUACUAACAUCUUAUGACAGAAUACACAGGACGUCCUGAACCUCCACGAUCAGGACCCUACCCAGCAGCAGCAGCAAGACAAAGACCGCCUAUCAUUCGACCGUCCACACUCCUCCUCCGGACGCCCGAGAUCUCCCUUAUCCGGUAGCAAACUGAUCUCUACUCUGUCCCCCCGUCGUAGAUCCAAUUCGUCGGCGCACGUGCCCGCGGACUUACCCAGCAUCUCGAGCACCGGCGAUAAAGAGCAGCAAUGGGAGCUGCGGGCGGCGAAACUUGCUCAGGGCGGGCAACCGAGUCCCGGGAUUAUGCCUAGGGGGUAUGGUGAGGAAGUGGUUGCCCAUAACGAUGUAAGCUUCCUUCCCCUUCCCCAUUUUCCCUCUUAUUAUCGUUUUCGCUCCCUUCCUUCCUGGAGGAGGAGGAGGAAGAGGAAGAGGAAGAGGAGAGAGGGUUUUUGCGGUGAUUUUUUGGUUGGUCGGUCGGUUUUUUCUUUUUUUUUCUUUUUGGGAUUGGUUUUGGUUAAUUGGUUGAAUGCGGAUGGUUGGUGGGUGGGGUACGAUAGGAUAAUAUUCAAGAGGCGAUUCGAUUACACGAGGCCGGAGGUAUGUUUAUGUUCAGUUUUAUAAUCCGUUUUUCCUCUCCUUUUCUUUUUCCUCGAUUUUAUACGAAAAUUUGAUGUACCUUUCCGUCCUAUCACGAAUAUAUGUCUUGCGCAAUACCCGCAUUGACAUAUGUUUGGUUGAUCGAGCGGGGAAGAUUACAAUAUCAUGAUCAAGAUCAAUUACGAUGGAUGGAUAGAUAGAAAGAUAGAUAGAAUACAGUACAGUAAAGGCUAACUAACAAAACGAAAAACAGAACUAAAAAAGUCCACAGCAAUCUUUGGACGUCUCGCAGACCCGAACGGUCCAAACAAUCCACUAUCUCAAGUUCUCUAUGGACUCGCCCUCCGGUAAGUUAGCCCCCCCCCCCCCUACGCACCACAAUUACAACCUAACAUAUAUGUAAAAACAUAGCCACGGCUGGGGCAUAGAACCAGACCUUCCCCGCGCAUUAACCUACCUCCAAUCCGCCGCACGCAAUUCCGCUGCUGUAGAAGAGCUAGCCCUGAAAGCCGGCAUGACUAAGGGUGGGAGUGCAAAGGGCGAGCUCGUGCUUGCGAUAUUCGAGCUGGGGAAUUGCUUCCGCCACGGCUGGGGCGUUCAAAAGGAUCCCGUGGCGGCGCGGGAGUACUACGAGACGGCGGCGAACCUUGGGGACGCGGACGCCAUGAACGAGGUCGCCUGGUGCUAUUUGGAAGGGUUUGGGUGUCGGAAGGAUAAGGUUCGUUCCACUCCACGUUCAUCAAUACACCAUCCGCUUGAUUGGAUUUUUUCAAAAAAAAAAAAAAAAGAACAGGAUGAGAAGAGGGGUGCAGUAGGAAGAAAGAAAGAAAGAAGAGGGGAUGGACGGAUGGAAAGAAGGGGGGUGUAUUAGCCGUUAUAUCCUCUUCCCUCUUACAUACAUAGAUACAUACACAAACACCGUUUCUGCCUGCUUUCCCGUUCACCAUUUCCCUCCCUCUUCCUUUUCUGCCCUCUAGCAUGGCAGCUACAUAUGCCAUGCCAUGUCCAUGCCAUGCUCAUGCCAUGCACCGCAACUCCCCCUCUCUUUCACCCCCAAAAACGCAGGUCACAGCUAACCACUCCAACCAACCACUAGAUGAAAUCCGCAAUGUUCUAUCGUCUGGCGGAAAAACAGGGCAAUAAGAUUCUCGGAAACACAUGGUUCGUUUUACUCCCUCCUCCUCCCCAAACGCUCCGAUCGAUCCCCGAAGGGAGAUGGAGGGGGGGUUUUUUUUUUCGUUCCCCUUUUCUUAGCUUAGAUUACCGUUUUUCCAUUGGGAGGAAGAAAGGGAGGAAGGGCUAACGGCGAUACACGGCGAAUAGGAUAUACAAGGACAAGUACAUGACUGGUAAUUGAUGGAUCGGAUGGAUGAUGGAUGGAUGGAUGGAUGGAUGGGAAAUUCGGGUUUUAGUCUUGUAGAAGGUUUUUCGAUUUCCGAUUUCCGAUUCUCGUUUUUCUCGAUUUUUUUUCAAAUACCCCCUCCCUCCCCGAUUCGGAAAAGUCAAAUAUACAAUAUGAUACAAGUCGAAGUCGAUUCACCAACAGUGUCACAAGUAUCAUACAAACACUAGUCUAUCAUACCAAUACAACACCAAUAAAAGCACUAUCGUACCU